CUGAAUUACCGAUUUGUUAAAAGCAAAGCGUCAAUGUAAUUUAAUUAGAAUCGAGAAUUAAACUCCAGCUUAUCAUUAACAGGACGCGCCUUAUAUGAAUCAUUUUAAUAAUUUGAAAAAUCAUGCAAUGUACUUGCUUAUAUAUACGUGACUCUUCUGACGUGACAACUAAAUUUUAGAAACAUGUUGAUUCAUGUAUAUAAGAGGCGUUCCUUGAGAAGAAAUCCAUCAUUUAUACAAACAUGUCUUUUCAAAAAGCCGAAAUCUCAUCUCCUGCUAGCUAUGCACCCAUCGUUAAGCAAACACGAUACAAUCAAAUCUUGAAAGUUGGAAACCGCAUCGAUAUCUCUGGUCAAGGUGGCUGGAGCUCUACUAUCCCAGAAGAUGGCUACAAGUUUGAAUACAAGUCUCUUGAAGAGGAAAUUGAGCAAGCAUUCAAGAAUGUUGAACUCGUGCUUAACAGUGUUGGUGCUUGUUGGAAGAACGUAAAGAGCGUCACUUCUUACCACACUAAUUUGGAAGAUACCAGAAAAAAUAUAUGGAAGAGUUCCCUAUCUGGACUUUCCUUGGUAUUGAAGCACUUGAAGAACCGAAGAUGCAUGUCGAGAUUGUUGUUUCUGCUUUUCUUGACGAAUAAAAAAUAAGCAUGUUCUUAACUGUACACAAUUGAUCUGCAAACGCGCUUUAGUUUGUCUUUUAAGUAUCGACUUGAGCUAUAGAAAUCAUUUGAUUUCUGUCAAGCACAGAUUUCUCAUUGAUCUCACAUGACUUCAUAUCUUUUACUAAUA